CAGUAAUUCUUGUAUUUCUCCGUAUAUUGGGUGUCAUGGCGCCCUCUAAGCCUCGAUCUGUUAUACGACAGCUUUGUCACUGGGGACCGAUUGUUGCUCUUUCCCUUAUAGGAGUCGUCGUAGUGUCUGCAACAUAUUCAUCUAUACAGCUCUACAGUCUUCCCUCCGUCAAAUACAUCAAAAAGUUCAACUUCUUUACAAUGUAUCUCAACCUCUGGCUCAUACUGUACUCUUACUUUAAAGCAUUUGGAGGGCCUGGGUUCGUACCAAUAAAAUGGAAGCCAAGUAACGAAGCAGAUAAAGAAUACUUGCAAUAUUGUGACAUAUGCCAGGCGUAUAAAGCACCUAGAUCGCAUCACUGCAGCAGCUGUGGAAGGUGUGUGCUUAAGAUGGAUCACCACUGCCCCUGGAUAAACUGCUGUGUGGGACACAGGAACCAAAACCCGUUCAUUGCAUUCCUUUUCUUUCUACCCGUCGGCUGCAUCUAUGCUACCAUAUUAAACUCUAACUUCCUCUACAGACUCUUCUCAUAUGAAUUCAGAGGUCGUGCCCAGUCCUUGUUGCUACCUAUUAACUCUUAUACCAUAAUGCUUACAAUAUCGGGUAUUGCAUUCUCACUUGGAGCUGCUCUAGGAGUCUGCAUACUGCUAUAUGUGCAGCUAUCCUCAGUUCUGAGCAAUAGGACGCAGAUCGAAGACUGGAUUUGUGAAAAGGCCGCCACAAGGAGAAGGAAUAAUCAAAACUUGAAACCUUUCGUGUAUCCUUAUGAUCUUGGCAGAUCUAAGAACUGGAAGCAGGUUAUACGUUGUUCUUUCACUCCUGUCGGCGAUGGGAUAUACUGGCCAGUUGUAAAGGGUUGCAAUCAAUACUCAUUUACAAUUGAACAAAUGGCACAAAAAGUUGAAAAGAAGAAGAGAGGAGUUGAUUGUAAGGUGACUCGAGAUUUUAAUGGAUCAUGUUUAAAGACUCUCGUUUCUUAUGGGCCGUUGGUAUUCAUUUGCACGCCAUGUCUGGAACCAAGCAUACCAAUCAGCAAGAAUGACAUUAUAACUAUCACCAGAUUUAGAAAGAGGUGGGUUUAUGGAAAUAAGCAUAUUCCGCAAGAGGAGAUCAAUGAAGGGAAGAGAGUACGUGGGUGGAUACCACGUCUUUGUGUGCUAAAGGAGAACUCCACACAAUUGAAUAAAGUAUCUCUACCAUCAUCAUCUUUGGGGAAGAAAGAUGAGGAUAAAGCAACUGAAAAAGAAGCUAAAACUAAAACAGGGAGCAAGGAUAUGGAGCAGCCAGCAGCUCCAAGACGAAGGAAGGACAAAAAUAAAUAAUAAACAAUGUCCUUUUAGUAUAUUUUUAUUAUAGAAAG